AUGGUUGAUUGGGAGAUUGUAUCGGGUGGAGUUCUCCGAAGGGUUGGUGACAUCGGGGGACAGUGGUUUGACAGACUGGGCAUUGGAUUCUUGUCUGAAGUUUCCGGGAUCCGGGUGCAUGUGGAGGAGAUUUAUGGGAAAGGCGUGAGCUGUCGGCAUGGUGGUCGGACUUCCUGCAGUGCAGAUUCUAUUGUGGAUAAUCGGGAUAGGGAGUCGGCGUUCGCGUGA